AUGCUCCCUGAUCCAUUCAACAUAAGGGUAAUUGAAACUCUGAAGAAAAAUAAACGCGAAAUCCCAGCCGACUUCAUAGUUACGCCGAGAACACGGCCAAAUACAAAGAUUUGCCAGACGCAGGACUUAACCCUCGUCUCCUACGCUCAAAAAAACAAGAAGUCAAAUAAAAUUGUCCUCGUAGUUUCAGCUUUCAUGCUUAUCGAGGAAGCAACGGAUAAGAAGCCGAAUAUUGUUAGGCAUUAUAACACAACAAAAGGAGGAAUGGACAAUUUCGACCAGUUUUGUCAUUCCUGUACUGUGGCUGGGAAGACCUGCAGGUGA